ACACAAGUACGGUUACUUUGUGCUCAAGUUAUUGUGCUACCGACAGCCUGUUGCUAUUCCCUGUCUUCAUGAAUAUAUAGACUGAAUUUAAACUACUCUUGAUGUUGAAUAUUGUUUGUUUAUUUUGUUUGUUUUUCUUCAAGAAGGUUGGUUUGUCUGUAACACCUGGAUGCUGAUUCAGAAGUGCCAAUUAUGCUGAAAUCCUUGACCUCUCCCUGUGCUCCUUCAUAGUUGAGCUCUUAUUGACUGAAUGGCAAAAACAUUAAGACCGAUGAACAAUGGAGCGGCACUGUGGAGUGGAGGGAGCAUUAAAAGAUUGGUUUACGUAGCAGCAACACUUUUUCUGUGGAUUCCAAGUUUACACUGUAAAACAGUCAGUGGAGUUUUUAACACUUAUGUGGCUCAAGCUGGAAGGGGACAGUACGUCACAUCUUUUGCUUUCCAUGGUGAUGCUGUGUUAACCUUUACUGUGAACUCAACUGGGACUGAAGCAAAUCUGCAUCUUUUUGUCUCCGAAGACUGGAAGGAUGCUGCUGGAGAUACCAAUUGUCACAGACGGCUCGCGAAAGCAAAGGAAUUGAUUUCCAUCAAUGAGACCAGUGGCAGUCGUCCCGUUUCCCACUAUGUGUAUCCCCGGAUAUGGCACAUCGUGUACUCAGAUGUAUACACGUGUGAUACCAAUCGGCCUGUGUCCCCGGUUGAAAAGCCCAACUUCAUUCAUUAUACUCUUCAACUGUUCAACCCUGACAGCAUCGGCAACCCCACGGAGCACUUUGGAGAUCAAGAAACUGGUUUACUCAAGUUUUACCAGCUGCUGACAGUGAUCUAUUUUGCGGUGGCCUGCGUGGUGGCCCCACAGCUGUACCAAACACUCAGCAAGGGCGGGCCCAUGCAGCUGGUCAUACAGUUACUCACGUUCUCCAUGUCCCUGCAGGCGGUCGGCGUGCUCAUCUUUGUUGUUCAUUUCUACAGAUAUUCUCAUGAUGGAGUUGGGUCUCCCUACCUUGAGCUUUCCUCAGAAUUUUUGGACAUGCUGUCCCAGUUUGCAGUACUAUUCAUGUUGCUGAGCUUGUCCCUUGGCUGGUCGCUGGCCUCCGCCCACUCUGUCUGCCGCUACUCUCACCUACGAGACAUGAGCCGGAAGCCGGCUGCUAGAGUGGUGGCUGUACUGGGCCUUGUACAGGGACUGAUGUUUAUGUGGGAACAGAGUCAAGAUGUGAACCGACGCAUGUACCAUGCCCAACGCAGCUACGCUGGAAUCUCUCUGGUUUUACUACGCAUUCUCUUGGCAGCUAUGUUUGCUGUGAAACUGAAAGAGCUGAUCCGCUCGGAGAGGAGCAGUUUGAAAAGGCAGUUUUACAGUUCUUUUACCAAGCUAUGUAUGAUGUGGUUCCUCUGUUACCCUUUCAUCAUUGUGUUAUCAUGGAUGUUCUCAGAAUACCUGCGCUAUAAGCUCAUCACCAUGGGUGUUCUGGUGUGCCAGUCGGUGGCCGGGGUGCUGCUCUACCGACUGUUUCUCUCGCGCAGCCUGUACUGGGAGGUCUCAGCACUCUCCAGCACGUUGCCGCUCCGAUUUGACCCCAGGUUUGGCAUGAAGCUCUACUCCUGACACUUACACACAUAGACCCUCCCACCCACACACACAUACACAGGUAGACCCACACACACAUACACAAACA